AAUCCCACAAUCACGAUCACGAUCACGAUCACGAUCACAGACACACACACACACACAAAGAAAAGAAGAAGAAGAAAAAAAAACCCAAAAAAAAAAACCACAUCCCGAAAACAAUGGCUUGAAUUAUUUCUGCAACUCUCCGCAUCAUCCAUUCAUCCAUCAAUCCCAAAAACCCAACUCAAGUCAAAUCUACAAUUAACCAACUUAACGCCCUUUUCCUCUCUCUUCUUUCCUUCCCACACAACAACCAUCAUCCCACAAUCUCUCCCUCUCUCUCGUUUUGGAGUUUGGACCUCUAACCAUGGCAAACCAGCAGCACAAGCACUUUCUUUCAGCAAUUCACUCUUCCCUCAAAGAAAAUGAAGGAAAAUGAUCUUAAUUUUCUCGUCUUGCUAAUUUCUGUUUCUGGGUUCUAAUCAAUGAAACAGCCAACUCUUCAAAUAACCCUAAUGAUUUUAUCAGGUGAUGAAUUUCUGUGUUGAAAUCACAUGUAAAACGUCAGGAAACUUGGAAGCUUGUAAAUGAAUCCAAUUGUUGCAACCACUAAAGUGAGUUCCUUAGGUUCAUUAGUGUUCGUUGAAACAAAAUGGGUAAGAACCAAGAUACUGCCAUUUCAAUACCGAACAAUCAUCCAGGAUGCAUGUGGGGCAUACUUCAUGUUCUUCACCACCAUCGCUGGCAACAAGUCAAAAAGAAAAUGCUUCUGCAUAAAAGGCUUGGUGGCCCAAGGCAUGCCAUAGGAAACAAUAUAAAUGCCACCAAUGCUGGCGAAAUGCAAAAAAAUGCUGAUGCUGAAACAAACAACUCCCUUAUUCAAGAAAAGGCAACAGAAGCUACUCCAGUUACCAAGAGCUCUGUGAAAUCUCGAAUAAAGGCUUUGAUUUCAGAGGAAAUGUCCAAGAGAAAGGGUCGACAUCGCAGAAGUUCUUCCUAUCCCACACGAUUGCUACUGACACGAACAAAUUCCAUCCAUCAUUUAGUAGCUGCUUCAGAUUCGAACCCACUUGCUGAAGGUGCUUCAAAAGAUGCUUCUCCGGUGAUCGUUCACCAAGACAAUGAAAACUCUUCUCUUCCCAGCACAUUAAAGGCCAUUGAGGAACCAAUAACCAGCGACAAAAAGUGCGAGUUGUGUGCUGCAAUGCUUACUAUGAAUUACAUGGGGCACGGCUGGGAUGGUGAGCAUGGGAAGCAACCAGUUGACAAUGACACACUUCUCCAGGACAUGUUAAACAAAGCAAAGCAAGAUUUAUUAACAUAUAAACUCGCAAAUGCAAAGGAGUCCAACAUAGAUGUUUCAUUCCACGAGUCCAAGCAGUUUCUGGAUGUUUUUGAUUUAUUCCACAUGAACAAGGAGCUGUUUUUGAAAGUUUUACAAGACCCAAAUUCUCCAUUGGCACACUAUUUCCAUGGUCAACUGGCAUUCAAAUCGAAGAUAGGAUUCACCAAGUCUAAGUCAUUUCCUUUGCCUGGCUCAUCUGGCAGAAGUGGUUCCAGGCCAAUCAAACUCAAGCAUGAGCAGGAAACAGAAGUUGGAAGUCAAGUUCAACAGUUGGCUGAACUUGAGUCUAUGAAAGAUGCAGGUGAAUCUUCAAUGCCAAUCCUGUCUGAAUCCAAGAUCGAUGGUGUUCCAAAACCAAACGUGGCAAGUCCCGAGUUGUUGGAUAGCUCUUCUACUGGUUCAUCAACCUCUGGGCUGAAGAGUCGACAAGACAACAGGAUGGUUAUGAAACGUUUCAUGAAUCUUAAACAAAAGAUAAAGCGUGCAAUUAAAGAGAGUAGGAAAGAAAGGCAUCGGAUUACCAUGGAUGCUGUCCUUCACAAAAUUCCUUAUGGCCGCAAAGUCUCUAAGGAUGUGAGGGACGACAUUCCUGAUUUCAUGGGCAAAUGUAACUGUGAAAGAAAUGGCAAGGGUAGACCUCAAGACAUGAGAAGAACAUCAUCUUUCAAUGAAUCAAUGGAUAGAUAUCGCCAGUUAUAUGAGGCCAGUUUCAACACAGAAGCCAAACACCAUAUAUCUGAGAGACUAAAAUUGAGAACAGAAGAGACACCUUCACCUAGUGGAAGUCCAAAAACCCUAGGAAGGAUUCUUUCAUUACCUAAUCUUAGAUCAUACUAUUAUCUCCAACAUGAGGACUCUCCAGAUGUGAACAGCAAUGUAAAUACAGUCGGUAGUAGGUUUGAUCAAUGGAAGACAUCGAACCUUCCUGCAGUCUCAGAAAAUGAGACUCUGUUAGAUGCCUCUGUAGAAAUUGAUAGUGAAAACAACUCAGUAGAUGGUGAAUUGAAUCAUGUUGCCAAAGAUGAUGUGGGAUCAAGAUCAUUCAUGAAUGAGGAAGCAAAUGGUGAAGUGGGUUUUACUUCUGAUGAUUUGGGAAGCUUGGAAACGACAGAAAAUGAUGCUCAACACGAGAAUGGGAUUCAGGACACAAUGAGACCUGUUAGUAAGCUGGAAGAACCAUGUCCAGAUUCUGUGGAGGACUCCUCUCCAGAGGAUAUGGCCAGCCCAACAACGCUCUCAUUGUCUGAAGAAGCAGACUCGGCAUCAAAACCAAGAAGCCUCUUUUCUGAUGAAUUGGAGUCGUUAGAUUAUUUGGCCAAUCAGAUACAAGAGGCAGGAAUGGAUUCCCCUGUUGCGGUCAAAAGCAUCCUAGUAAACCUUAAUACAACGCAAAGUUCCAUCGACCAAUUGAAUAAUGAAUUCUUACGCGUUCUAGUCAAUACAAAAGACACAGCUAAAUUCAAUUACGUAAAAUAUGUUCUAGAACUAUCCGGAUUCACCAGGGAUGAGUUACUAGGGAUGUGGCAUUCCCCUGACCAGCCAAUGGACCCAUCCAUGUUUGAGGAAGUGGAAGGUUGGUUGUUAGCAGAGCCGGACUGCCCUGAAAACGAAGAAAUUGGAAACUCAAAUCACCUCCUCUUGUUCGAUCUAGUCAAUGAAGUUUUAUUAGAGAUUUAUGAGAGAUCGUUCACAUACUGCCCCAAAUUGUUGUCUUUGACUUCCCAUAUUCGUCCAGUCCCAAUGGGACACCAAGUCCUUGAAGUGGUCUGGAUGAAUAUAAGUGGGUAUUUGAGCUGGAAACCGGAGGCUGAUCCAUCAUUAGAUGAUACCAUAAGCCGCGAUCUAGCAAAGGGUGACAGGUGGAUGAAUCUCCAAUUUGAAGCCGAGUGUGUGGGGCUAGAGCUCGAGGACAUGAUAUUUGAUGAUCUUUUAGACGAACUUGUUUGGACUUGAGCAGCUAAAUCAAGUUCCUUCCCCGUCUCCAUUUCUUGAUUAUACACAUAAAUUAGUUUUUUCUUCUGAUUAAUUGUGUAAUUAGUAUUGUUUACGGGAAAGAGACAAGGCAAAUUACAGUCCUCCUUUAAAAUUUAUUCACAUUGUACAGCAAUUAGGUUUUUGGACUUAUAGACCCUCUUUUUUAUUUAUGUUGUGUCUCUUUUUUUUUCUUUUGGAAAAAGAUAUUCAUGGUGUAUGAGGUGGAGAUGCUAUACCAUUCCUAGAUGUACUGAUGUAUGAUAUUGAAUUAUCAAUAACAAAAAGAACUUUUUUCUUUUUUU